AUGCGCUUCUCCGUCGCCGCCGUUGCCGCCACUCUUGCAGCCACCGCCCAGGCUCGCAUCUAUGGCAUCUCUGUCCCGGAGACCAUUAAACCCGGAGAUAAAGUUGAACUCAAGAUCAUCAGCCAGGGCUACAUCCAGAGAGUCGACGAUAUCGCCAUUGCUUUCGGCUACAACUCCAAGGCAGCCGCCUACCCCGACACUCUCGGCAACCUUCUCGACUCUUUCUAUCUUGGCCCUGAUGAGUCCAACCUGGGACAAGCAGUCAUCGUGAAGAGUGUCACGUUCCCUGAUAGCAUUGCCGCUGGGGAGGGUGUUGUUUCUGCUGGCCUCUACAGCCUGUAUGGCGUUAGCAAGGGCCCAACCUUGUCCAACUACAAUGUCACCAUCACCUUUGGCGACAGCACCUCCACUACGUACAAGAACAGCUUUUAA